AUGCGUGUCCUUCUCCAGCUCUUUACCCUCCUCUGGGUCUACACAUCCUUCGCCACCGCAGCCAUCAGCUGGAGCCUCCAGAAGGCGAGCAACCCGACCUCUGACCAGAACGACGCCUACGCCCGUAUCGAGAAUGCCAUGCGUCUCGCCGUUGCCAGGUACAACAGGCUCGCUCCACGGGCAAACAAAGUCGUGACAGUCCAAUACGUCCCCUCUGUCCAAACCGCUGACGGCAACUUCAACGGCAACAUCCGCUUCGGCUCAAACAGGUCCUAUAUGAAUGAACGAGUUGCGCUACACGAGAUCUCUCACACGCUAGGUGUGGGUACCACCAACGGGUUCAACCAGCGCUGCUCUCAAAACAACUGGCCGACAGCCACCCCCCUUCUGAAGAGCUGGGAUGGGCAAGACGCAAAGAUUAACUGCGGAGGCUCACACGUGUGGCCUUAUGGUCUUAACCAGAAUUCAGAAAUGAGUGAAACGAACGCGAACAGACAUUGUCAGCUCGUGAACGCGAUGAUCAUUGAUGGCAUGUUUUGA